AUCGCAGAAAAACACUAGACUAAUAGACUUCAUUUGGUUGUACGUCACAGAAUCCAAGUGUCAAGAGGGAGUGAAGGACAUGCAUUCUCACUGAACCAUCAUUUCAUUUGCCAAUUAACAAUUUCAAUUUUUCAAAUCCAAAGAUCUAUCUCCAUCCUAAUCUUCCUCAUCCUUCUCCCUCCUUUUCAAUUCGACUCUAUGAUAUAUCUUUGCUUUGUGUUGUGUUGUCCACAACAAUAAAGUGAGAGAGAGAAUCAGGGGACAAAAGGGGAACAUCCCACCAUUUGUGGUUAGUCCCUCACUCAAUCAUGCCAUCAGGUGCUAAGAAGAGGAAAGCAGCCAAGAAAAAGAAGGAAAAGGAAACUGAAACCAACACCAACCCUUCAACCAACCUACCUCUAGGGAAUGAUGAGUUGAAGUCCCAAGAUGAGAAAGGAAGUGACGUUGGUGAGGGUGGUUCACCUGCACAUGGUGACCAUGAUCAUCCAUUUGAUGAGGGGAAUGAAGAGGUGGAGGAGAGAGAGCCUUCAGUUGCUCAAUCAUCUGCUGCUGCUUCCAAGGACUUGGAUGAAGUCCCUAUUGAUGCUGCUAAGAUCGAUGAAACUGAAGGAGGAAAGGAAGGUGUUGUUGUGAUAGAGUGGGAUGUGAAAUCUGAGGAGAGUUGUGAGGGCAAAGAUGUUGCCAAGGAAUCUGAUCAUGGGAAUGGAAACUUCGGUAGUUCAAUUGAUGAAAUUGUAAAUGUGAAGAGCACAAUGGAAGAGUCCCAUAAUUCAACAAAGGAGACAGUUGCAUUUGAUGAGUUGGAUAAGUCCAUAGAUUCUUCGCAUGCCAAAAUGACAUUAAUUGCUGAAAAUGCACCGGUUGAGGAGGCUGGUAAUUUGGUUGCAGAAUCUUCUGUUGAUUCAGUUAAAGCAGCGGCCUCUAUAUCCGAGGUAAAAAACAGUGACACUGAAAAUGUUUUAGUAGAGAAAUCGAUGGGCUCUCAAGUUGGGGGAACUGAUCUUACUGCAAAGAAAAGUGAGGAUAAAGUAUAUCCCUUCUCUGAUCAGAAUGUUACAACAUCAAUUUUGGAGGAACCAAGACCGGGGGAAUCUGACAGUAAAGUAUCAUCAGCAUCAGUGUCUGAUAGCCCUACCCCUGAAUCUGCUAUUGGUGCUGAACAUGUUAAAGAUUCUGAUACUCCAGAAUUAUCUGAAAACCAGCCUUUGGUAGCAUCAGCUCCACGGGUGGUGCAAAAGACUUCCUGGUUGAGUUGCUGUGGACUGUUUGAAGUGCUACCAGGCAACAGAUGAGUUCAGAAAUACAAGCACGAGGAUCUCAUCUAAUGGACCAAACUUGUGAAGACUUGGGACUUCCGUUCAGAAAAUUUUGUGAUAUUUUAAUUUAGAUGCCUUCUUUAAGAUUUUCCAAAAAAUAAUGGGCAAGAGACCCACCUAAUUAAUCCAUAUGAGGUUUAUUAAAGGUUUGUUGUAUUAAUUGUGUUAGCAACAGUUUCAGCUCAAUAUAUCUGAGUCUUUAAAACUUAUCAAACUACAUCUUUAUUAGUCUGCAUUUAUUAUUCUCCUUUAGUUUUGUCCCAAC